UACAGAAUGGCGGUGGAGGCGGACGAAGAUUAUCUUCGACAGCUCGCAGUUUUACAUUCGUAUUAUAUUCUUGUUAAAGAACAGCUGUUGGAGCAUCAGAGUGCAACUAUAGGUCUAUACCCAAGCAACCCUGGAAACACCAAGAGAGCUCAUAUUGCCCAUGUUAGAGACAGUAUCUACUGCGCUGUAGCAACAUGGAGCUUGGCUUUAGCUUACAGGAAAAUUGACAAUGAUCAUGGACGUACUUAUGAGUUGGAGCAGAGUUCAGUGAAAUGUAUGAGAGGUAUUUUAUACUGCUACCUCCGACAAGCAGAUAAGUUGGAGAAAUUCAAGUAUUCUCAAUGUGAGGAGAAUGCAUUGGAUUGUCGUUAUGACAUGGUGAGAGGAGAUACAUUGCCUGAUAGUUACCAUCAUCUACAGAUUGACAUCGUCUCGUUAUAUCUCUUAUAUCUGGUACAGAUGAUCUCAUCAGGCUUACAGAUCAUAUGGACCCUGGAUGAGGUCAGCUUUGUGCAGAAUCUUGUAUUCUACGUAGAGAGAGCCUACAGAAUACCAGAUUAUGGAAUGUGGGAGAGAGGUAGUAAAUACAACACAGGCAAAUGUGAACUUAAUGCAAGUUCCAUCGGCAUGGCAAUAGCAGCUUUAGAAGCCAGUAAUGGUUUCAAUCUAUUUGGACGUGAAGGAACGUCAUGGUCGAUACUCUAUGUAGACCCUGACGCACAUGGACGGAAUCGAACCAUUCUACAAAGUCUAUUACCAAGGGAAAGUAGUUCAAAGAACACGGAUGCCUCACUGAUUCCAGCCAUUAGUUUCCCAGCUUUUGCCAUCAAAGAUGAAGCUCUUAGAAACAGGACCUUUGAAAAAAUCAUCCGCAAGUUGAAGGGGAAAUAUGGUUUCAGACGAUUCUUGAGAGAUGGUUAUGGAACGCUGCUUGAAGAUACAAACAGGAAAUACUAUAAACCAGCAGAAAUCAAGAUGUUUGAUAACAUCGAGGCAGAAUGGCCGAUGUUCUUUGUUUACAUGAUUAUUGAUGGAGUAGCUAAGGGUAACAAUGAACAAGUUGAGGAAUAUAGUACCUUAUUGGAACCAUUGAUGAAGGAGACACCAAUAGGGAAAGUCCUUCCAAAGUUUUACUACGUUGAGCGCAGGAACAUUGAAGCAGAGAGGAAAACUCCCCAUAGUCAAACAAGAAUAGCAAGUCAAGAAGGGGCGGAGUCCGAUAAGAUAUUUUUGUGGGGGCAGUCUAUGUAUCUUAUUGCAUGUAUGCUGAAGGAUGGCUUGGUCAAUAUGAGCGAGAUUGAUCCAAUUGGUCGAUACCAUGGCUCAUCAAGCAGAACGACAAUGAAACAUAACACAAGAUAUUCUGCAUUUGAGAGUACUGCCAAGGAUAUGACAGUUCAAAUGGCCUUCAUUGCAGAGAGUGCCAGACUACAGGCAACCUUAGGGAUGUAUGGUAUCCAGACUCAAACACCUACACAGGUUGAACCAAUACAGAUAUGGCCACCAGCAGAACUCAUUAAGGCUUACCAGUUUCUUGGUAACAAUGCUAAGCUUGGAUUGACUGGUCGUCCACCUCGUCCAAUCGGCAGCUUAGGUACAUCCAAGAUUUAUCGAAUCCUAGGCCGGACAGUCUUGUGUUAUCCAUUGCAGUUUGAUAGAGCAGAUUUCUAUAUGUAUCAGGAUAUGUCACUGCUAGUGGAUGAUAUUAAGAAUCUUGUAGCGUUCAUGAGACGAUCAUGGACAAUGUCUGGAAGACCAACUAUCUGCAUCCUCAUUAAAGAAGAUCAUUUUAGUGGUGCUAAGGGUUCUGAGAUGCUAGAUAUGUUAGCCAUGUUUAAGAGAGGCAGUUGUGGAGGAAUUCGUAUCAAAGUAGAUCGUCUUCAGACUCUCUUAGCAUCUUCCUUUGUUGAACAUCUUGACUUCCAGCUUCCAGAAGGAGUCGCUACUAUUGCGCUAUUCAAGCGCCUUGAGGAGCUGAAUGUAGAUCAUCUCCCCCUUCAGUCUAGAAGUCGACACGCUAGCUCACCAAGCUCAGCAGAGUAUGAAACAGAAGUAUUUGACCUCAAGAAAUAUGAGUGUUUGCCGUCGUGGGAGUUGGUUGAUAAGCUUCGUCAUAUGGUGAAUAUGGUUCAUCAAAGUAGUGUUCUGGGAUUGCUGUUAGAACGAGAAGGUCUGAACUAUCUGACAGAGAAUGGAACUGUUGAACAGGCCUUGACUAGAGUAUACAAUAAGGCUGCAGUAAAGGAGGACUGGUCCACGGUGCGUUACUGUGCUAGCAUUCUACACAAAGUCAUUGAUAGUUUGGCGCCCUCUAUUACAUCCAUGCUGGUUGCAGGCAAAAUUGUGACAAUUGGUGUAUUUGGUCAUGAGGAGGAGCUAGUUAUGCGACCUAUGAACCCUAGAGAGAUUACUGGCAUUAUCUUCAAUCGAUGCCAGAAAUAUAACGUCCGAGAAGCGGUGAUGCAGCAAGAGAUUAUCAUAGCAUUAGGGAAGCUUACCGUCACUAGGCCAGAUCUCUUCAGUAGUAUGUUGAAGAUCAGAACAGGUUGGUUACUUCACGCUAUGAGGACUGAACUGAAAUUAACCUGGAAUGAAACAGAGCCAAUCCACUCGCUGUCUCCACAUUCGCUGAAAGACCUCCUUGUUGAAGUGCUAGAAACAACAAUCAAGUCAUCCAGUACAGAACGGAAUUGGUUAGAGCUACGUCAGUUCAAUGGAGCCUUAAAUCGAACACCAGCAAACUUCUAUGAUAAUGUUUGGGACAUCAUGUCCAGGAUGCCUAAUGGAAUCAUUAUAGCGGAUUAUUUCUUGCCUCAACAACCAACCUUAUCAGACAUGACCCGAACUGACCUUAACUUUGCCCUUCAGAUUGAAGAGAUGUUUGGUCGGAUCUCACAUCCAGAAUAUAGACAACUUAUGGUUGAGCUGCUCUCAGUGAUGUCUACAAUAUUACAGAGAAAUCCAGAGUUGGAGUUUAAGAAGACAGUCAACACAGAGGCACUCAUCAAGGAAGCAUUCGACAGCUUCAAAGCACAUCAAGGUGAAUCAUGUGACAUGAAGGAUUUCUACAACACUCCGCCAGUGGCUGUCCGUGGUACUAUGAGCUAUCUAGCUAAGGUUAUUGUCAACAGCCUACUGGAUGAAAGCUUGGAUAAAAGUGAAGAUACUUGUACAAUAUCUUAAUAAUAGUUCAUAACGUACUGGAUAGAAGCUUAGAUAAAAGUGAAGAUACUUGUACAAUAUGUUAAAAAUAGUUAAUAAUGUACUGGAUGAAACCGUGGAUAAAAGUGAAGAUAUGUGUACAGUAUGUUAAUAAUAGUUCAUAAUGUACUGGAUGGAAGCUUGGAUAAAAGUGAAGAUACUUGUACAAUAUGUUAAUAAUAGUUCAUAACAUACUGGAUGGAAGCUUGGAUAAUCUGAAGAUACGUUCAACUCUCUGUAUCACAAGGUUGGUGGGACUGGCCAAAUUACAUUUUCAAAAUGGAUUUCAGAAUGUACUCUUUAUAAGCAUUAACUCUUCUUAACAUUGCCCUUACAAGAGCCGACUGUACUUGUACAAUAUUUCAAGAACAGCUAAUAGCCUAUUGGAUGAAAGCUUGAAUAACAGUGAACAUACUUGUACAAUAUUUCAAGAAUAGCUAAACGCCUAUUGGAUGAAAGCUUGAAUAACAGUGAACAUACUUGUACAAUAUUUCAAGAAUAGCUAAACGCCUAUUGGAUGAAAACUUGAAUAACAGUGAACAUACUUGUACAAUAUUUCAAGAAUAGCUAAACGCCUAUUGGAUGAAAGCUUGAAUAACAGUGAACAUACUUGUACACUAUGUUAAGAAUAGAGUCACUACUACUCAUGAUAAUAACAAUUACUUCAUUGUAACAACAAGUCACUUGUUAAACAAAACCAAAGUUGAAUCUUGUAGGAUAAAAGUGUGCUGUGUAUUAAAUGUUGGUUAUAAAGCUAAUGCUUAAAAGCUCUAAAGAGAACAAGUUCAAUAGAACUCCCUAGGUUGAAUUACAGAUAAGAGCUUCCUUGCCGUGUAUAAAUCUAGUUGAACUAUUCUUCAUUUAUAAUAAGUACUUGUAUUGAAAUAUAGGCCUACAACAUUAACAUUUGUAUGCAUGCAGUGUUAUAUACUGAAUUGAUUAUGAAUUGAUCGUGUGUCUAUAACCAAAAAUAGACAAUUGAUGUUUAGAGCUCAACCAAAUGAAACCAAAUAAUAUACAAAGAGCCAUUCUGUUUGAAACAUUGCGACUAAACCAAUUGGCUCUUUUUAGAGUGAACACUUCCUCCUUGAAGAGAUUCAAUACUGGGUGAACUCAAAAGAAUAAUAAAACUGUUGAUCUUUGUUUCAGGCACACAGUUUCAAUUUCAGAGAUAGCAAUACUUAAAAUAACAAAAUCAUGGUCACAAAACUGGAAGUACAGUUUUAUUUCUCGUGGUCUCAUAGAUAAAGAAAUAAACAUUAACAUUUGUAUGCAUGCAGUGUUAUAUACUGAAUUGAUUAUGAAUUGAUUGUGUGUCUAUAACCAAAAAUAGACAAUUGAUGUUUAGAGCUCAACCAAAUGAAACCAAAUAAUAUACAAAGAGCCAUUCUGUUUGAAACAUUGCGACUAAACCAAUUGGCUCUUUUUAGAGUGAACACUUCCUCCUUGAAGAGAUUCAUUACUGGGUGAACUCAAAAGAAUAAUAAAACUGUUGAUCUUUGUUUCAGGCACACAGUUUCAAUUUCAGAGAUAGCAAUACUUAAAAUAACAAAAUCACGGUCACAAAACUGA